AUGGAAUCUAAAGUCUCCACCCAAACUAUUGGUCCAACUCAUCAAAAGAUUGAGAGCUCAGCUUCAAGUUUGUUAGAAAAUCGCAUUCUUAAAGAAGAAGUUGCUAAUUCAGAGAUUUGAAUGGAUGCUCUAGGAUCUAAGAGCGAGAGUAUCAAUUUUAUAGAGUCUUGACAUUUAAAUAAGUUUGUUUUUGAUGACUCUAAAAGUUCAAAAGUUAUAUCCCCAUAUGUCAAAUUAAAGCCAGUGUCCAGAUAUAGUUCAAAACUCAAUACAUACGUGUAUAAAAACAAGAAUUAUUCGAAGUUGGUUUCAAGAUUCCUUGAAGUUCACAAAAAUGUGCAAAAGAUAGAAGAAUGGCAACUUUAUAUUCUUGGUUCAGUUCCUUGUAAAAUUCAAAAUAUGGGAUUAAACAAUGUAUUGGCAGGCCUUUCAAAGUUUACAAAAUGAGUAGAAUUUGGGAAAUUAGAAAUUGGACCAACACAUCUUCAGAAAAUCAUUGUCUGAGGUAGACAUUUGAAAGGAAUCUGUUUUAAUCGAUGUAUGAUCUCUGAGCAACAAUGGAGCUCUACUUUCAAGAACUAUUACUCCUCAUCCGUGAAUUUGAAUCAUGUUAUUUUCCGUAGAUGCUAUUCAAGAAUACAAGGUGAAAAUAACUAUAUCAGAUUUAUCCCAGACAUUAUGAAAGGAAUACUUGAUUCAUCCUUUAAGAUCUUAAUCAACACUAUUGAGUUCUAUCAAUCCACUAAAAACCUAUCAAAAGAAGCUCUUUUGGAAGCUCUCGAAUGCAAAGCAGAAGGUUUUGAUAUAAUAUUAGAGGAGUAUAAAAUACUGUUUGUUCUUGGUCCAUAAUAUACCACUUGUAUGAUGUUUCAAUCUAAAGAUC